AUGAUUGCUAAGGCAAUAGCAGGACAGGCCGGUGUUGGAUUCGUGUCUAUGUCUAUACCCUCGGUGGUGCAUGGGGAAGUGGGCGAGAGCGAGAAGGCCCUCGUCAACGCAUUCACUAGUGCACGAAAGGCCGCCCCUUGUGUCUUGUUCUUCGAUGAG